AUGGCUUUUCCGUUCGCGCUUGGCGCCGACAUGGUUUUGGACAGCUCGGACGAAGGUGAGAACCGCCUUGUGAAGACCGAACCGGCAGCGGCCAGUCGCCCAGACAAACCGGGUGCCGAGGAGGUCAUCGAGAUCUCAUCGGAGGAGGAUGGUGGCAUUCGGGAGACUCCGAAACCUCUUCCAGGCUUCCUGAAAGCCAUGUGGCGCGACCACGAAGGACAUGGCACGUGCACAGGCUCCAACGAGCUGCCUUGCUGCUUCGGCAAAGAAGGCAAUGCCGCCAAUGCCGGGCCAGAUGGAAGGUGCGACUUGUGCAGUGGCACGACCAUCCGCAUGCUUCAUGACCAUCCUUAUGCCUAUCGUCGCCUGACAUUCUUGCUGAAGCAGCUGCAUGGCAAACCACUUCUUCAUGCACUUGUGCGGAUCAAGCUCGUGCUCGGAGUCCAAGCCCGGGACCUAUACAAGGAGCGACGCAGAGCCGCGCUGAGACAUCCCGCAAAACGCGGACGUCGCAGCACGGCCUAG